AUGGCUUCCAGAUCAGAAGAAGAUCUCUGCUGUUCCGUCUGCCAUGAUGUCUUCAGAGAUCCUGUUCUUCUGUCAUGUAGCCACAGCUUCUGUAAAGACUGUGUGAAGAGCUGGUGGAAAGACAAAGAAGUAAAAGAGUGUCCACUUUGUAAGAGAAGAUCUUCAAAGAUGGAACCACCUUGUAACCUGGCGUUAAAGAACCUGUGUGAGAGCUUCUUACAGGAGAGAGAUCAGAGCUCUUCACAUGCUCUCUGCAGUCUGCACUCAGAGAAACUCAGACUCUUCUGUCUGGACCAUCAGCAGCCAGUGUGUCUCGUCUGCAGAGAUUCAGAAAAACACACCGGCCACAGAUUCAGACCCAUCGAUGAAGUUGCACAACAACACAAGAAGCAGCUUCAGGAAACUCUGGAGCCCUUGAAGAAGAAGUUACAGUGUUUUGAACGUGUUAAAGUAGAGUUUGAACAAACAGCAGAACACAUUAAGGUCCAGGCCGGACUCACAGAGACGCAGAUCAAGGAGCAGUUUAAAAAGCUUCAUCAGUUUCUGGAGGAGGAAGAGGAGGCCAGGAUGGCUGCACUGAGGGAGGAAGAGGAGGACAAGAGUCGGAUAAUGAAGGAAAAGAUUGAGGCUCUGAGCAGAGACAUAACGGCUCUUUCAGACACAAUCAGAACCACAGAGGACGAGCUGAGAGCUGAAGACGUCUUGUUCCUGCUCAACUACAAGGCUGCAGUGGAACGAGUCCAGCAGCGCCCCCUGCUGGAUGAUCCACAGCUAGCCUCAGGAGCUCUGAUUGACCAGGCCAAACAUCUGGGCAACCUGAGCUUCAACAUCUGGAACAAGAUGAAGGACGUGGUCCCCUACAAUCCUGUGGUUCUGGACCCAAACUCUGCCGGUUCAUCGCUCGUCAUGUCUGAAGAUCUGACCAGUGUGAGAGGAGGAGUGAAACAGAAGCUUCCUGACAAUCCAGAGAGGUUUGAUAAACACGCCUCAGUCCUGGGAUCUGAGGGUUUUAACUCAGGGACUCACAGCUGGGACGUCCUUGUUGGAGACAGUACACGCUGGUUACUGGGUGUGUCAGCAGAGUCUGAGCAGAGGAAGGGAGACAAACUGUCUGAAACAUUGAGAAUAGUGUUCAAUGAAGGUAAAUACUAUGCAGUGUCACCAUCAGGAGGAUCUGUUCUCUCUGUACAGAAGAUCCAGAGGAUCAGAGUGAAACUGGACUGGAACAGAGGAGAACUGUCGUUCUCUGAUCUUGAUACUAACAAACACAUUCACACCUUCAUACACACUUUCAAUCAGAAGAUGUUUCCAUACUUUAACACUGCAGAUCACUUGAGGCUGUUACCUGUAAAUGUCUCUGUUUCCGACCUCGACUCUGCCCCGCCAAGAAGACGACAACCAGACCAACCCCAAGCCCCCCCACACGCGGCUAUUCUACAGGCAGAAGGCCCUGAUAUCAUAUUCCAGACCCGCAAAGCCUUUCUCCACCUCACACCAGACAAGGCAAGCAAUACGGACCGGGACAGGUUCCGGCCCACAAUGUUUUGUGCCUCCCGAUGGUUGAAGUGGCAGGACCAGAUGGACUUGCCAUACUUGUGCACAGGCCGUGGACAACCAGCGACAUUCAAGCAGCAAUGA